AUGUACAAUCAUCAAGCGCGCUUCAGCUCGAGCUCCCGCUCCUCCGGCUCCACGCUCGACUCGAAUGCACCCCAAGGCGCCCUCGGCGCGCUCGCAGACUGGGCAGCCCGCAAUCUCGAUCCCGAAAUGCAGACCUCACCCGUCUCGAUCUACGUCGAGCGAUGUUGCCAUCCUUCGCUUAGCCAACCCAACCUAGCGCUCAACCUCGAGCUCGCCGAUUAUGUCAACCAGAAGAAAGCCAACACGCCGCGCGAAGCGUCCUUCGAAGCGGUGCGCAAAGUCAACUCGCGCAAUCCGCACGUGGGCAUGCUCGGUCUCGCACUUCUCGAUAUCCUCGUCAAGAACUGCGGCUACCCGUUGCAUCUUCAGAUCGCAACCAAGGAGUUCUUGAACGAGAUGGUCAAACGCUUCCCGGAGCGACCACCGGUGUUUCCCUCCCCAGUGCAGAGUAAGAUCCUCGAGCUGAUCCACGAGUGGAAGCUCACACUGUGCGUCACAUCUAAGCACCGCGAAGACCUGGUGCACAUCAGGGACAUGCACCGGCUGCUGACGUACAAAGGGUAUCGAUUCCCCAACGUCGACUCGCGCGCAGCAAGCGUGAUGAACUCGGAUAACAAUCUCAAGUCGCCCGAGGAGCUCGAGGAGGAGGACCGCGCCGCCCAGGGUGCCAAGCUGCAAGAGCUCAUCCGACGCGGUACACCCAAGGAUCUCGCCCAGGCCCAGGAGUUGAUGAAGAUCAUGUCCGGUGCAGAACCGGAGAACAAACCGGACUACACCAAGCAGACGCGCCGAGAGCUGAACAAGGUGCAGUCCCGUGCGAUCCUGCUCAAUGACAUGCUGAACAACGCCAAGGAGGGCGAGAAGUUCGUGCAGGGCGAUGCGUAUGAUCAGAUCGCAAGCCAUCUGAGGAGCGUCCAGCCGAGGAUCCAGAAGUGGAUCGGGGACGUCGAGGAGGGCGGUAGUGGCGACGCGGCGGCGGGCGCAGCGGAUAACAUGGACAGGCUGCUGCUCGUUAACGACCUCAUCAAUCAGGUCGUCGAGAGGUACAAGCAGUUCACCAAGGGCAACUACUCGGCUCAGGCGCAUAUUGACCCCAGCAUCGACCCGAGCAAAGGCGGUGCGGAUGCGGUGCCAACGGCCAAGAUCACGGAUCUGAUCAGCUUCGACGACGAGGAGGCGGCGAAACCUCAGCAGACCGAUUCAAAGGCAGGUUCGGGAAACAUCAUGGACGACUUUGCUUCAUUGACGUUUGACGACGCGCCGCCGAAAGCGGCUCCGACAAGCGCAGCAGCGCCAACAACAGGACUGGGUGGAUUGCCAGCGGACCUCUUUUCGAACGAUAGCGGCUCGUCGACGCCGAGAUCGAAUGCUGCGGGCAUACCAUCGAAUCCCUCAACAGGACUGGGCAAUUGGGGCGCAUUGCAACUGCCAACGACCGCCACUUCGGUCUCGACUUCACCACGCAUUCCUGGGCAGGCCGGCUCGGCAGGUCAGAGCUCGUUGGGUAUGCCAGCCUUGACGCCCAACUCGUCAGCAGUGUCGAAUGGAGGACCUCGCACGUUGAACGGGCAACCAGCGCCACAGCCAAAGGCCAAGGCGAAUGACCCUUUUGCAGACCUCGAUGCUAUGUUCAAGUGA